UUGGAAAAGCUUAACAUGAAAAAUGAAGAAAAUACCAAAAAGCAAGUUAGUCUCUUAUUCUCAAGAAUACUACAACUGAACCCCAUUUGAAAAGGAAAGAAAAGAAAAGAAAAAUGGUGAAGAAGAGCCUUCAUUUACACUCCACUCACAAAACAAUCUUAGCUCUUCUUCUUCUUCUUCUUGUCUAUUCACUCAGUAGCUAUGGCCACGCCAUCAAAGCUCACAUCUUCAUCUACGCAGGGUGCUCUGAAGAGAAGUACCAACCAGGGUCACCAUUUGAGGGAAACCUCAACUCAUUCCUUUCAUCAAUAGUAAGCUCAUCCUCUCAAGCCUUGUACAACAGCUUUUCCAUGGGGAAUGGAAGCUCAACCCCACCUGAGGCUGCCACUUAUGGAUUAUACCAGUGCAGGGGUGAUUUGAAGAUCAUUGAUUGCUCUAAAUGCAUAGAGAGUGCAGUUAACCAAAUUGGUUUGGUCUGUCCAUAUUCCUAUGGAGCUGCUUUACAGUUAGAAGGUUGUUAUGUUAGAUAUGAGCAUUCUGACUUCUUGGGAAAGAUUGAUACAGGUGUUAGGUACAAGAAGUGUAGCAAAAGUGUAAAUAAUGAUGUCGAGUUCUUUAGGCGAAGAGACGAUGUCUUAGCUGAUUUGGAAAGUGCCAUUAGUUUUAGAGUUAGUAGUUCUGGUUUGGUUGAAGGUUUUGCUCAGUGUUUUGGUGAUUUAAGUCCAAAUGAUUGCUCUUCUUGCCUUGCUGAGGCUGUUGGAAAGUUAAAAACUUUGUGUGGUUCUGCAGCAGCAGCUGAUGUCUUCUUGGCACAAUGUUAUGCUCGUUAUUGGGCUUCUGGCUACUAUGAGUUAUCCUCAGACUCCACUAGUGAAGACGACGUGGGAAAAACAGUGGCCAUUAUAGUGGGUGUACUUGCAGGAGUAGCAGUUCUGAUUGUGCUCCUUUCAAUUUGUCGGAAAACAAUGAGUUAAGAGAUUAGGGGGCUGUGAGGGAGUCUUUCAAAAUGUAUGAAGAUUGGAUUGGAGAGAGUAAUGAUUGUGAAGGAUCACAUUUUGUUUUGUUUUGUUUUUUUUAUAUAUAUUCUUGUGACAACUUUGUCUUCAAUUUCUUUUGUUUAAUUUAAUUAAUACCAUAUAAUAAUAUGUAUGGUAUAGUUUUCCACAAAAGAAGAAGGUGGGUGUUAUCUUGUGGUAUAAAGUAACAUUCUAUUAAUUAAUCUCCAUCAACUUUGAAA